AAUGGGAGGUGAGCAGUUGGGUUAGCAUAAGUUGGGGAUCAGGAAUUCUGUGUAGGAAGGGAAAUGGGAGGCCUCUGCUCGAAGGUCUCGGCGGUGGACAAGUCGCCGAGCGACACCGCGCUUGGCCGGGACCAGAUAUUCGAUCACCAGCCGGUGACCUUGAAGCAGGAGAAGUCAUCGUUGUUGGCCGAUGAGGCCGCGGCAAAGCGGGCGGAAGAUCAGCAGCAGCAGCAGUCUUUCUCCUUCUUCGAGAGCGUAGUGCCCGGCCUUGCUGUUUACAAUGGUGCAGAUGCAGGACACACCGGGUCCAGGACGCCGCGGUUGGCUCGGACGCUGUCGCAGAAGGCUGGUUUGGGCAAGACAAAGGUUUCGGAAAUGAGCAUGAUUUUUGGUAGAGCUAGCACUGCUGGUCUCGGGAAGGCAGUGGAGGUUCUAGACACACUCGGAAGUAGCAUGGCAAGUUUAAAUGCUAGCAGUGCUUUCGUGUCAAGUUCAGCAAAGGGAAACAAAAUAUCUAUUUUGGCUUUUGAGGUGGCAAAUACCGUAGUUAAGGGUUCCAAUUUAAUGCGUUCUCUGUCCAAGUCUAACAUAAAGCAUAUAAAAGAAGUUGUGCUCCAUUCAGAAGGUGUCCAACACCUUAUAUCCAAAGAUAUGGAUGAACUACUUGAGAUUGCAGCUGCUGACAAAAGGGAAGAGUUAGAAGUAUUCUCAAAGGAGGUUAUUCGUUUUGGUAAUCGUUGCAAGGAUCCUCAGUGGCACAACUUGGACCGCUACUUUGAAAAGUUGGCGUCAGAAAGAAGAACUUCCCAGCAAUACCUGAAACGAGAUGCGGAGGCAGUGAUGCAGCAACUGAUAAUUUGUGUUCAGUAUACAGCUGAAUUAUAUCAUGAAUUGCACGCAUUGGAUAGAUUUGAACAAGACUAUCGCCGUAAACAUCAAGACCAUGAUGGCUUUGGUUCAACAGGUGAAAGUCUGCAUAUACUAAAGCAAGAAGUGAAGAGCCAAAAUAAGCACGUUAAAAAUUUAAAAAGAAAGUCACUUUGGUCCAAGAACUUGGAAGAGGUGAUUGAAAAGCUUGUAGACGUCGUCCACUUCUUAGAUCUGGAGAUUUAUGAUGCCUUUGGUUAUGCUGAGAGUGAAGAACCACAAGAACCCGUGAGACACCAUAAGAGACUGGGACCAGCAGGCCUUGCGCUGCAUUAUGCAAAUAUCAUCAAUCAGAUUGAUACACUUGUUUCUCGAUCAAGUUCGAUCUCUCCAAACACUAGGGAUAAUUUAUACCAAGGUUUGCCACCUACCAUCAAAUCUGCUCUCCGGUCUAGACUACAAUCUUUUGAAAUAAAAGAAGAGCUUAUGGUUUCCCAAAUUAAAGCCGAAAUGGAGAAAACUUUGCGAUGGCUUGUCCCUAUUGCAGAUAACACGACUAGGGCGCACCACGGCUUUGGUUGGGUUGGAGAGUGGGCAAAUACAGGGUCUGAACUGAACUGCAAACUAUCAGGACAGAUGGAUUUAACCCGAAUUGAGACACUGUAUCAUGCUGAGAAGGACAAGACUGAAGCACAUAUCCUUGAGCUUGUUGUGUGGCUUCAUCAUCUCAUCAGUAAAUCCAGAGCUGCUAAUGGAGAUGUAAGGUCGCCUAUCAAAUCUCCUGUUCGCUCACCAACACAGAGGGGUCACACUAUCAGGUUGCAGCAGCCGGACCAAGUGCACAGUUCGCCGAUUCUCACACCAGAGGAUCAGGAUAUGCUAAGCUGUGUCAAGUACAGGAAAUUUGUCCCUGGGAUAAGCAAAAGUCAAGAAUUUGAUACAAGGUCAAGGCAUAACAAACAUAGUAGAUUGUGCAAGAGCAGUAGUCAUUCUCCAGCCAGUGGCAGCAGGAAAGAUUUGCUCUCAGUUAGGAGGUUCUCCCUGCUUCCUGUCAUAGACUUUGAGAUUGAUAGGACAAAAGCUUUGGAUUUAAUUGACAGGCUUGAUGAUCUCAAAACACAGUGAGGAACCAACCAAAAAGAACCUAGAAAUUAUGGGGUCAUCUUUUAUUCUGAAAUCCCUGAAUGGAUGUAAAAAACGGUGUUUACCUACAGAAAGGCCACUCAGAGU